AUGUCAAUAGUUUCGUUAACAGGAAUAGAAGUGUUAAAUAAUCCAGCUAAAUUUACCGACCCAUAUGAAUUUCAAAUUACAUUUGAAUGUUUAGAACCAUUGAAAGAAGAUCUUGAAUGGAAAUUAACUUAUGUUGGAUCAUCAGAUUCAUUAGAUCAUGAUCAAGAAUUAGAUAGUAUAUUAGUUGGACCAAUACCAAUUGGAGUAAAUUCAUUUUUAUUUAAAGCUGAUGCACCAAGUCCUGAAUUAAUUCCAGCAAGUGAAUUAGUUAGUGUCACUGUAAUUAUUCUAAGUUGUAGUUAUAAUGAUAAAGAAUUUGUUAGAGUUGGUUAUUAUGUUAAUAAUGAAUAUGAUACUGAAGAAUUAAGAGAAAAUCCUCCUGCUAAAGUACAAAUUGAUCAUGUUGUAAGAAAUAUUUUGGCUGAAAAACCAAGAGUUACUAGAUUUAAUAUUGUUUGGGAUAAUGAGGAUGGUAGUGCUGAACAAUAUCCUCCUGAACAACCAGAAGACGAAGAGGAGGAGGAAGAAGAAGAUGAAGAAGAAGAGGAAGAAGAAGAGGAAGAAGAUGAGGAAGACGAAGAGGAUGGGGCAGAAGAAGUUGAUUUAGAAAAUGGAGAAAUACUGACACCUAAAGAUAAUCAAGAAGAUAUAGAAAUAGACCUUGGAAGUGAAAGUGAGGCAGAAGUAAAUACUCCUAAAGAUUAA